GAUACCAGAAGGUCCCAUUGAUCAGGGGCCAGCUUCAGGAAGGGUUCGUGCUUUAGAAGAACAGCUUUUGAAGGCCAAAGAACAGAUUGAAAAUUAUAAGAAACAAACUAGAAAUGGUCUGGGGAAGGAUCAUGAAAUCCUAAGGAGGAGGAUUGAAAAUGGAGCUAAAGAGCUCUGGUUUUUUCUACAAAGUGAAUUGAAGAAAUUAAAGAAUUUAGAAGGAAAUGUACUCCAAAGACAGGCAGAUGAAUUUCUGUCAGAUUUGGGACAUCAUGAAAGGUCUAUAAUGACGGAUCUAUACUACCUCAGUCAAACAGAUGGAGCGGGUGAUUGGCGGGAAAAAGAGGCCAAAGAUCUGACAGAGCUGGUCCAGCGGAGAAUAACAUACCUUCAGAAUCCCAAGGACUGCAGCAAAGCCAAGAAGCUGGUAUGUAAUAUCAACAAAGGCUGUGGCUAUGGCUGUCAACUCCAUCACGUGGUCUACUGCUUCAUGAUUGCAUAUGGUACUCAGCGAACACUCAUCUUGGAAUCUCAGAAUUGGCGCUAUGCUACUGGUGGAUGGGAAACUGUGUUUAGACCUGUAAGUGAGACAUGUACAGACAGAUCCGGCACCUCCACUGGACACUGGUCAGGUGAAGUAAAGGACAAAAAUGUUCAGGUGGUUGAGCUCCCCAUUGUAGACAGUCUUCAUCCUCGUCCACCAUAUUUACCCCUGGCGGUACCAGAAGACCUUGCAGAUCGGCUCGUACGAGUCCACGGUGAUCCUGCAGUGUGGUGGGUGUCCCAGUUUGUCAAAUACUUGAUCCGCCCACAACCUUGGCUGGAAAAGGAAAUAGAAGAGGCUACCAAGAAGCUUGGCUUCAAACAUCCAGUUAUUGGAGUCCAUGUCAGACGCACAGACAAAGUGGGAACAGAAGCAGCCUUCCAUCCCAUUGAGGAAUACAUGGUACACGUUGAAGAACAUUUUCAGCUUCUUGCUCGAAGAAUGCAAGUGGAUAAAAGAAGAGUAUAUUUGGCCACGGACGACCCUUCUUUAUUAAAGGAGGCAAAAACAAAGUACCCCACUUACGAAUUUAUUAGUGAUAACUCUAUCUCUUGGUCUGCUGGACUACACAAUCGAUACACAGAAAAUUCACUUCGGGGUGUGAUCCUGGAUAUACACUUUCUCUCCCAGGCAGACUUCCUAGUGUGUACUUUUUCAUCCCAGGUCUGUCGAGUUGCUUACGAAAUCAUGCAAACACUUCAUCCUGAUGCUUCUGCAAACUUCCAUUCUUUGGAUGACAUCUACUAUUUUGGGGGCCAAAAUGCCCACAACCAGAUUGCCAUUUACCCUCACCAACCUCGAACUGCAGAUGAAAUCCCCAUGGAACCUGGAGAUAUCAUUGGUGUGGCUGGAAAUCAUUGGGAUGGCUAUUCUAAAGGUGUCAACAGGAAACUGGGAAGGACGGGCCUAUAUCCCUCCUACAAAGUCCGAGAGAAGAUAGAAACGGUCAAGUACCCCACAUAUCCUGAGGCUGAGAAAUAAAACUUCAAUGGAAGAGAAGGACAACUAAACUCAGUUCAAAUCAUUUGAGCCAAACAGUAGAUGAAGAAGGCCCUGACCUUACAACACAUGGUGAAAUGAGUAGACAACUUUAAGCACCAGGAGCAACUGGAAAUGACAGAUGCUUCACUGGUGGAAUUACUCUUUAACGAGGGCUACAACGCCCUUAAACUCAUGCACAGUCCAGUAAUGUACUCACAUAUAACAUACAAACAGGUUGUUUUCUACUGUGCCCCUUCUUUCAAGAUUAUGUCCCCAUGAACAAACACUGCCACGUUGUGUAAUUUAAGUGACAUGGACAUUUUGUGUGAGACUUCAAACAUGGUGCCUAUAUCUGAGAGACCUUCGUGACCUAAUGAGAAGACCAGAAAAGCUCCCUACUAUGGGGAGGUUGGUUCUUAGCCAGUGGUGCUAUUGUAACCACUGAAUUCACUCCAAUCAGCAGAUUCAGAAUGAGAAUGGAUGUUUUUGUCUGGAUUUUUUUUUUUUUUAAGUAAUUGCAUCAGUUCCUCCACUUCAUCAUUAAUAAGUGAAGGAUACAUCAGAAAAUAAAAUGUUCACACUCCAUUAGGAACUUUUGUAAAACAAUGCCAUGAACGGAUCUUUAGUACUCAGUGUUUCUGGACAUUCUCUUUGAUAACAAAAAAUAAAUUUUAAAAGGAGGAAUUUUGUAAAGUUUCUAGAAUUUUCCAUCAUUGGAUGAUGUGGUGGUCAGCUUUAUAGUAGAAAAUCUAUGAUAAAAAGAGGAGUUUUCUAGUUUUUCUGCUUAAUUUUUUUUGUUUCUGAUUGAGUGACUACUCAGUUCUUAGGUCAAAGAGUCAUUAGUCCAUUUUAACAGAGUCGUUAGUCCAUUUUAACACUGAAAACUGAAUUUAGUUGAUACACAUUACAGAGUUGCGAAGAUAUUCUCUGAGCGCUUUUAUUUUCUUAUUUUGGGCGUUAUUUUUUAAAUUGAAUUAAAUAAUCACACUUCUUGUCCCAGAGGAACUGUCACCUCCAUUUCCAAAACGAACAAUUUCAGGCUUGUUGGUAACCUUUCUUAUUGCGGCCAUUGUCAUUUUUUGUGAGUUGAGUCCUGUUGUUUUACCCAGGAACCAAUAUGUGUCUUUUCUUAUGUCCUGCUUUUGAGAGCACCAGGAACCUUUGGGGUUGAGAAGCUGGCUCUGUUUCUCAAGUACAUAUCUCACAGUAUGUAGAAUUUGCUGAAUAAAGGAGAGUGGAACCAGUGUGAGACCCAAGAUGGACUUGGGAUUCUCUCUUCCAAAUACUUCUUUUAGUAAUUCCAUGAGAGAAUCACUUCAGAAGAUAAGACUUUGAUGCCCUCUAUGCUUUCUCUCUGAACAUCACUUUUCUCCUUGUAGAAACAUUUCCUACCUUCAGGAGCCUGCCUCCUUCAGAUGCAUGGCCAGCAUAUUUCAUAGCAUGUGUUCUACAUUCUGAAGGAAGAAUUUGAUCCAUUAAGAACCAGUAGCAGGCCUGGUGUUGAAUAUCAGGAAUGCCAAACAGAAAAGCUGUCUUUGACAUCCUCACUAAAUGAAAAUACCUAUAUGUAAAAUCUCCCCACGAAACUUCCCUAAAUUCUUUCUACCUGUCAUGUCAAGUCUCCCAAAGAGCAAAAACUAAUUACCUAUAGUGUCAGCAAGCAACUUUCAGUUUAGUUUUAGUACAAAUAAAAGUCAUUUGGAAUAAAAAUCUC